AUGAAUGGCAGAGGCCCUUUAAAUGACUCGGCCAAGAAACCUGCCCCUUGCCACGUGCACGCUCUCUUCCCCCGGAAGCACGCUGUUUCUGCCGCAAUGGCAGACUCACAGGACAUGCUGGAGCUGCAGCGCGAGGUGAUGGAGGAGCUGGGCAUCUCCAUGGAGGAGCUCCGGCUGUUCAUCGACGAGGAGCUGGAGAAGUCGGAGCUGGUCCGGCGGCGGAAGGAGGAGUUAAAGCGGCUGGAGGAUUACGUGAAAGUGAAGGAGGACGAAGUGGCUCACGUGGACCAGCUCCUUGAAGAUGCCGUGAAGGCCGUAGACAAGUGCGAAGUGCUGGUCAAGGACGUCUAUGCCAACCUGGGCUUGGAGUACGGUGAGAUUGUCUCUGACGAGGACGACGCUUCUUCCAAGCCGAUGGAAGUGAUCGAGAUUCCUGACGAAGACGACGAUGUCAUGAGUGUCGAUUCUGGCGAUGCGAGUAACAAAAUGGCAAAGGACCAGUCCUUGCUUCGAGAAGCCAUGGCCGCCAUGAGGAGGUCAGCUCAGGACGUGCAGAAGUUUAUGGAUGCCGUGAACAAAAGAGGUGGGUGUUUAUUUCUUUGGAAUAUUUCUCAAGUCAGUCCUGGAUGCGAAAUCACCCAAGACGGAGACCUGACGGUGGGCGACCGCAUCCUGGGCAAGAAGCGGACCAAGACUUGGCACAAGGGGACGCUGAUCGCUAUCCAGGCCGUGGGGGCCGGGAAGAAGUACAAAGUGAAGUUCGACAACAAAGGGAAAAGCUUGCUGUCGGGCAACCACAUCGCGUAUGACUAUCACCCGUCACCCGAGAGCCUGCAAGUCGGGAGCCGGGUGGUGGCUAAAUACAAAGACGGGAACCAGAUGUGGCUGUACGCCGGCAUUGUGGCCGAGACACCAAACAUCAAGAACAAAAUGAGGUUCCUGAUCUUCUUCGAUGACGGUUACGCCUCUUACGUCAUUCAGCCCGAGCUCUACCUGAUCUGCCGGCCACUCAAAAAGACUUGGGAGGACAUCGAAGACAUUUCGUGUCGGGAUUUCAUCGAAGAGUACGUCACGGCCUACCCGAACCGGCCGAUGGUUUUGCUCAAGAGCGGUCAGCUCAUCAAAACGGAGUGGGACGGCACUUGGUGGAAGUCCCGCGUGGAGGAAGUGGAUGGGAGUCUGGUCAAAAUCCUCUUCCUGGAUGACAAACGCUGCGAGUGGAUCUACCGAGGCUCCACCCGCCUGGAGCCCAUGUUCAGCAUGAAGACCUCCACCGCCUCCACCCUGGAGAAGAAGCAAGGGGGACAGAUGAGGACCCGGCCGAAUGUUGGCGCUGUGCGGAGCAAGGGUCCGGUAGUCCAGUACACCCAUGACUUAACAGGGACCAGCAUGCAAUUUAAGCCCGUGGAGCCGCCCCCAGUGCCGAUUGUGGUGUCGCAGCCGGUUUCGCCUCAGUUCGUCGACGUGGACAGUCCAGAGAGCCAGCUCGCUCAGUCCAAAAAGCAGCAAGUGGCCAAAAAGAGCACUUCGUUCCUGCGUCCAGGCUCAGUGGGGUCAGGACCGUCUUCUCCACCUUCCCCCGUCCUGGGCGAAGCGCCUUCAGUCGGGAGGACUGGGGUGACCCAGCAAUUUUGGUUCUCCGGCCCUCAGCCGGCCGGCAGCUCCUCCCAGCAGUUCCACGGCGUCCCGGACUGUCUCCCCAACGAGCGUUCCUACCAGGCCCCCGUGGAGAAGCUCUUCUACCUCCCCCACGUGUGCAGCUUUAAAUGCCUGUCGCGGGUGCGCCACAUCCUCAGCGACCAGUACCGCAACAAGAACCCCCUCCUCAUCCCGCUCCUCUAUGACUUCCGGCGCAUGACGGCCCGCCGGCGCAUCAACCGCAAGACGGGCUUCCACGUCAUCUACAAGACGCCCUGCGGCCUGUGCCUGCGCAGCAUGGGCGAGAUCGAGCGAUACCUCUUUGAGACGGACUGCGACUUCCUCUUCCUGGAGAUGUUCUGCCUGGACCCCUACGUCCUGGUGGACCGCAAGUUCCAGCCAUACAAGCCGUUCUACUACAUCGCCGACAUCACCAAGGGGAAGGAGGACGUCCCCCUGUCGUGCGUCAAUGAGAUCGACAGCACCCCCCCGCCCCAGGUGGCCUACAGCAAGGAGCGCAUCCCAGGCAAGGGGGUCUACAUCAACACCAGCUCGGACUUCCUGGUGGGGUGCGACUGCAAGGACGGCUGUAGGAACAAAUCCAAAUGUGCUUGCCACCAGCUGACGAUCCAGGCAACCGCCUGCACCCCUGGGGGACAGAUCAACUCAAAUUCCGGAUACCAGCACAAGAGAUUGGAGGAAUGCCUUCCCACAGGAGUCUACGAGUGCAACAAGCGGUGUAAAUGCAGCAGGAACAUGUGCAACAAUCGUUUGGUGCAGCAUGGCCUCCAGGUGCGGCUGCAGCUCUUCAAGACGCAGAACAAAGGCUGGGGAAUACGCUGCCUGGACGAUAUCGCCAAGGGCUCUUUCGUCUGCAUCUAUGCAGGGAAAAUCCUGACGGACGAUUUUGCGGACAAGGAAGGCCUGGAGAUGGGGGAUGAGUACUUCGCCAACUUGGAUCACAUUGAGAGCGUGGAGAACUCGAAGGAGGGCUACGAGAGCGAGGCCAAGUGCUCCUCGGACAGCAGCGGCGUCAACCUGAAGGACGACGAGGACGAUAACUCGGGCUCCGAGGAGCCGGAGGAGUCCAACGAGGACAGCUCCGAUGACAACUUCUGCAAGGAUGAGGACUUCACCACCAGCUCGGUGUGGCGGAGCUACGUCACCCGCCGCCAGACGCGGGGCCAGCGAGAGAAUGGCCUGUCGGAGACGGCCUCCAAGGGCUCCCGCCUGGCCAGGCAGGUCAGCCACGAGGAGGCUGCCCAGUGCAAGCCUCCCCUCUCAGAGGAGACCUCCAAAAACAAGGUGGCCUCCUGGUUGAGCUCCUCCAUGUCCGACAGCUUCCAGGACAACGACAGCAGGUCCUCGUUCAGGAUGCACGAGGCAGCCGAGGCCAAGCCGAUCAAAGCAGAAGGGGCGGACGCCGAGAAGGCCUUGGCUGCUGGGCUCGCGACCAAAGAGGAAUUUGGACUGGAUGCAGACAUGAAGGGGAAGAAGAAAGAGGAACCUGAGGAUCACAGCAGACCAGCACCGGUGAGCAGUUCGGGCCGGGUGUAUGGCUACAACCCGAACCCAGCGGUGCCUGAAGGGAUCCGGAGGCCGGUCAGCAAAACCGCCAUGCAUCAGCGCCGGAGGCAGAUGGACACCCAGCAGCAGAGUCCUGCAGACGACGUGCUGAUGCUCUCGAGCAGCACGGACAGCGACGGAGACAACGGGCGCGCCACCUCAGGGCAAGCACAAGGCAAUGCAAACGACAGCGAUGACAUCCAGACAAUUUCCUCCGGGUCGGAGGAAGAACCUGGGGCUGACGGGAAGAGGAAUCUCUCUUCCGGGCUCGGGCUCGUGAAAAGGCAAGUGGCCGUGAAGUCCACCCGGGGCUUCGCCUUGAAGUCGACCCAUGGCAUCGCCAUCAAGUCAACCAACCUGGCUUCCGGGGAGAAUGCCCUCAUCCGGAGGAACACGCGGCAGUUCUACGACGGUGAGGAGUCCUGCUACAUCAUCGACGCCAAGCUUGAAGGCAACCUUGGCCGCUACCUCAACCAUAGCUGCAGUCCUAACCUCUUCGUCCAGAACGUCUUCGUGGACACGCACGAUCUCCGUUUCCCGUGGGUGGCUUUCUUCGCAAGCAAGCGGAUCCGAGCUGGGACGGAGCUCACGUGGGACUACAAUUACGAAGUGGGCAGUGUGGAAGGGAAGCAGCUCCUGUGUUGUUGUGGAGCCAUCGAAUGCCGAGGCCGCUUGUUGUAA